UGCAUUCAGUCCUAAAGCACGCUCGAGAGGCCAUAUCAUCACCUUACACCGGUUUGUUGCUGGAGAUUGAUUGGCAGUAACUGGACGGGGAGUUACCGGACACCGGAGGGCAGGCUGAAAGAUCCCCGUGGGCGGGUGGGUGUAGCUGAGGAGUGCGCGUGCGCGUGCGCUCACGGGGCUCGUGACGUUCCGGUGCUAACCGACGGGAGUCGGGAGAGGAGAGCUCUACUACACCGAGAAGAAGCAGAGCGAGUGCGUCAGUACACCGGAGGGACGCUUGACAAGGGAGAAGUGGCCAGUCCCUCAACAUACCAAGGCAAAACCAGGGAAAACGAGAGCUUGUUGUUCUUCUCCUCAGUCAGUGUAUGUGUAGGUGAAACCGGAGCAUGUCACUAUGACAACGACUGGACUUUACACCGUAGCCUUCUUCUUCUUCAUCAUCUCAGUAACGUUAGGUGCUGCUCUGUAGAUAUCGUAGUCGCAGUAGUCGCGUAGGACUGUCAGUUGUCAAGCCUUGAAAAGAAGCCGUAGAAGACAGUCAUGGAUCAGAGACCUGCUACAAUGAUCAGCUAGCGUCUUGUGUGUCCAUUCUUCACGAUUAGAGGAGAAAGCGAAGACCGCACACCUGGAGCAGCAUGGAUUUGAGUAGCAUCAGGAAGCUCAUCACUCGAUACUGUACAGGAGAGGAGAGCUGGGUGGACAGCAGGACGGUUUAUAUUGGACAUAAAGAGCCUCCACCAGGAACAGAAGCGUACAUUCCACAGAGAUUUCCUGACAACAGAAUCGUAUCCUCAAAGUACACUUUCUGGAAUUUUAUACCGAAGAAUCUCUUUGAGCAGUUCAGAAGAAUUGCCAAUUUCUAUUUUCUGAUCAUCUUUCUAGUGCAGCUGAUCAUUGACACACCUACCAGUCCUACGACCAGCGGUCUGCCUCUUUUCUUUGUUAUCACUGUCACAGCCAUUAAACAGGGCUAUGAGGACUGGAUCAGGCACAAAGCGGACAACUCUAUAAACCAAUGUCCAGUCCACAUCAUCCAGCAUGGCAAAGUCGUACGCAAACAGAGCCAAAAGCUACGGGUGGGUGAUAUUGUCCAGGUUAAGGAGAAUGAGACAUUUCCGUGUGACCUCAUACUGCUCUCCACCAGUAGAGAAGAUGGAACAUGUUUCGUUACGACAGCCAGCUUAGAUGGAGAGUCCAGCCAUAAGACCUAUUAUGCAGUUCAGGACACAAAGGCAUUCAACACAGCGGAGGAGGUGGAUACACUGCACGCUACGAUAGAAUGCGAACAACCCCAGCCAGACCUGUACAAAUUUGUGGGACGCAUCAAUAUUUAUUUGGAUCGAGACGAGCCCAUCGCGAGACCUCUGGGUUCUGAGAACCUGCUGCUACGUGGAGCCACACUGAAAAACACUGAAUACAUACAUGCUGUGGCCAUCUACACGGGCAUGGAAACCAAGAUGGCCCUCAACUACCAGUCCAAGUCUCAGAAACGCUCCGCUGUUGAAAAGUCUAUGAACGCCUACCUGAUUGUGUACCUCUGCAUUCUGAUCAGUAAAGCUCUGAUCAAUACUGUCCUGAAGUAUGCCUGGCAGGCCAACCCGAACAGAGAUGAGCCCUGGUACAACCAGAAAACUGAGACUGAAAGGCAACGGCAUGUGUUAAUCCGGGCAUUCACAGAUUUCCUUGCCUUCAUGGUUCUGUUCAACUACAUCAUUCCUGUGUCCAUGUAUGUGACUGUGGAGAUGCAGAAGUUCCUUGGCUCGUACUUCAUCCUGUGGGACGAUGACAUGUUUGAUGAGGAGCUCGGAGAGGGACCGCUCGUCAAUACCUCAGAUCUUAAUGAAGAACUUGGACAGGUGGAAUAUGUCUUCACAGACAAGACUGGCACUUUGACAGAAAAUAACAUGGAGUUGAGGGAAUGUUGUGUGGAUGGGCAUGUUUACGUGCCACAUGCCAUCUGUAACGGGCAGAUCUUACCUGGAGCUGCCGGAAUGGAUAUGAUCGACUCCUCUCCGGGCAUAGAUGGAAAGGAGCGAGAGGAGCUGUUUUUCCGUGCGCUGUGCCUCUGUCACACAGUCCAGGUGAAGGAAGAGGAAACGGUUGAUGGCAUUAAGAGAGGAAUCCAUCAGGGCAAAUCCACCUCCUUCUACAUCUCCUCCUCUCCAGACGAGGUUGCACUGGUGGAGGGCAUGAAAAGGUUGGGCUUCACCUAUCUUCGUCUGAAGGACAGUCACAUGGAGAUCCUCAACAGAGAGGAUGAGAUGGAGAGAUUUGAGCUGUUGGAGGUGUUGACCUUUGAUUCAGUGAGGAGGAGAAUGAGUGUUAUCGUAAGAUCAAGUUCAGGAGACUACUAUUUGUUCUGUAAAGGUGCGGAUUCUUCUAUUUUCCCACGGGUGGUUUCUGGGAAGGUGGAGCAGGUCAGAGCGCGAGUAGAGCACAACGCUGUGGAGGGCUUACGGACCCUUUGUGUGGCUUAUAAGAAGCUGACUCGUGAGGAGUAUGAAGAAACAUGCCAUCUCCUCAACAGCGCUAAACUAGCUCUGCAGGAGCGCGACAGGAAACUGGCUGAAGCUUAUGAUGUCAUCGAAAAGGAUUUCAUCCUGCUGGGAGCCACGGCUGUGGAAGAUAGGCUGCAGGACAAAGCAGCCGACACCAUUGAGUCCCUGCACAAGGCUGGUAUGAAGGUUUGGGUCCUCACAGGGGACAAAAUGGAGACGGCAGCAGCCACAUGCUAUGCUAGCAAGUUGUUCCAUCGCAAUACACAAAUCCUGGAACUGACAACCAAGCGGACAGAGGAGCAGAGUCUCCACGACGUCCUGUUCGAUCUGAGCAGAACUGUCCUGAGACAUCAUGGCAGCAUGACCAGGGACACUUUCUCAGGGCUCUCAGGUGAUUGCCAAGACUAUGGUCUGAUAAUCGAUGGGGCGACAUUGUCAGCUGUUCUGAAGCCGAUACAGGAUGGAACCAGCAAUGGAGGGAACUAUAAGGAGAUUUUCCUGGAAAUCUGCAGGAACUGCAGUGCUGUUCUCUGCUGUCGCAUGGCACCUUUACAAAAAGCACAGAUUGUUAAGCUUAUAAAAGCAUCAAAAGAACACCCCAUCACACUGGCCAUCGGGGACGGAGCCAAUGACGUCAGCAUGAUUCUGGAGGCUCACGUGGGCAUAGGGAUCAUGGGUAAAGAGGGGCGUCAGGCGGCCCGUAACAGCGACUAUGCAAUUACCAAGUUCAAACACCUGAAGAAGAUGCUGCUGGUACACGGACACUACUAUUACAUCAGAAUCGCUGAGCUGGUCCAGUACUUCUUCUAUAAGAAUGUGUGCUUCAUCUUCCCUCAGUUUCUCUAUCAGUUCUUCUGUGGCUUCUCUCAGCAGCCACUGUAUGACACGGCAUAUCUGACCCUGUACAAUAUCAGCUUCACCUCAUUACCCAUCCUCCUGUACAGUCUGAUGGAGCAGCACAUCAACAUGGACAUCCUCAAACGGGACCCUACUCUCUACAGAGAUAUUGCCAAGAAUUCCCUCCUGAGAUGGCCCACCUUCAUCUACUGGACAUUUCUGGGGGUUUUUGAUGCCGUGGUCUUCUUCUUUGGUGCUUUCUUCCUUUUCGACAACACAACCUUCACCAGCAACGGACAGCUAAUGGCCACCAACACACAGAUGAUGUUUGGAAACUGGACCUUUGGAACACUUGUAUUUACUGUCCUGGUGUUCACGGUCACGCUAAAGCUUGCCCUGGACACACAUUACUGGACGUGGAUCAACCACUUUGUCAUAUGGGGGUCACUGCUAUUCUAUGUCAUCUUCUCCCUCCUGUGGGGAGGCAUCAUUUGGCCUUUCCUGAACUAUCAGAGGAUGUACUAUGUGUUCAUGCAGAUGUUGUCCAGCGGUCCUGCAUGGCUCAGUAUAAUUCUGCUGAUUAUAGUCAGUCUGCUGCCUGAUGUGGUGAAGAAAGUGUUGUGUAGAGCUCUAUGGCCCACCACCACAGAGAGAAUACAGAAUGCCGAUAAGUUGUAUAAGGGCCACCUGUCCGAGUUCACCCCCCUGUCCUCCCUCCAUGCUCCACCUGCACGGAAACACGACAGACAUGGCAACGAAAACCAGAACCACACCCACCGCAGGUCUGACUCCUCCCCUCCCAAAAAACUGAUGUGUACUUACUGGGGGGGCAGGCCUGACUACUGCACCUUCAGCUCCUUCCUCCGAAUAGGAGAAAACCCAAGAUUUUCUGGGGCAGCUUACGCCUACAGCACACCGGGGCCCGAGACGUCCGUAUGACAGUCUCGGGCCGUAUGAAAGAAAUAGUCUACUUAUCCAAUCAAAUUAGCCCUCGAUUAUUCCAGAGUCAAGAUUGGGACACUAUUUGGAGACCAAUCUUGGCUUGUUACCCUUACCUGAAACAAAAGCACUGAAAGGCGUUCUUGUGGUAUACGCUAAUGGGCUAGCGAUGCUGUGUGUUAAUUUAGAAGCUGGAGGAAGGCCAAACUGAAUUGGCUGCACCAUCUGCGAGUGUGGCGUACUGCGCUAAGCGGCCUUGGGACAUAUUUACCUUGUUUUCUUUGUGUGUACGUUUAAACGUGAGAGCGUGUUCCCUUUACACUGUGGGUUUACGUGUUCGCUCACCUACCCUUGUAAAUCCUUCAUGUGAAAAAUUACUUGAAACCUACACUGGGCAGUAGUAGCACAAACCUUUCCAUCUCAGACGCAACCCCUACCACUAAAUAUUAAUGUGGAUGACAGUUAAAAUGGCCUUGGAUGCUCUCAAAACUGACUGUCCUGUUCUUUUCUCCUUCUUUUCUUUGUUCUCUGUCGUCUCCCUUUCCCUUUUUUGUCCUGUCCUCCUUCUCUUUUCUUGUCCUACUUUUUUAUAGAACAAACUGGUGUUGCGUUUGUGCAAACCUGUUAUCAAGGAACACUCCAUAGCCUGCGAUUGUCUUUGUCCGAUUGCAUUGUAAGUGGCUAAAUUUGGCCAUUUCUGUUACUGCACUGUACUAGAGCGAACGCUGUGUGUUUGUGCACGUGUGUGUGCGUGCGAGUGUGAAAGUAGGCCUUUGUUAGAACAACUACGAGAAGACAAAUUGUAACUGGACUGUCAUUGUUUCACCCUUUAACUUUCAAAAAGGUGGAAAUCCACUCAUGUUCUACCGUUCCAAAGUUUGUAAAACCAUUGACUUGUGUCAUCAUGACAACCAGUUACUCUUUUCUAGCUGCUUGACGAUUUGCUUUAAAAUUCUGUAGUUCCCUACGUAUAAUCAGUCCUUUUAGUUUUUUAGUGUAGAACCAGAUACAGAAUGCUAAAGGCUACGCUAGCCACCUUAGCUUGACUGUUCUGCCUUAAUGCUAAUAUUUCCCAUCUUUUCCACCGCAGUUUGGAACCAAAGGUUGUGAAAUACGGAGUAUUUUAAUGUGUGUUUGUUGCCUUAUGCUCAAAGAGAAAUGGAGGGAAAGUGUUUGAUGGCAUUAGAAGAAUCCCACCACACUGCCUUAAGUUGACAUUGCACCAGCUGAGGAUGGAGGCUGAUAAAAGUACUAUUCGACAUCGUCCAGUGCCACCAACAUGGCCCAGGGCUCCUGAAGAUAAACAAAUGAAAUUGAACAGUUCUGUUGGUGUAAACAUCUUUGUGCGUUCACAAAAAGUACAAAUUAACUUCCUCAUCAGCAUACUUUCAUGAUUGUAACGUCCUAUUUGACUGUUCCCAAAGCCUUUUGUCUGUAUUAAUGUAACUGUUGGAGCCCUGUGUUGGGUUGCUAUCAUUUCUUUGUUGCACAUUACUAAUUUAUGAUCUGAUAUAAAUAAGUCAGAUGUAAAUAGCCUGUGAUACGGUUCACGAACAACUCGUUAAACUAACAGCCCAAUCAAGGUCAGAAUCACAGAUGGCCUAUCUUGGCCACUAUGUUCACAGAAGUGGUUCUUUUCUAGUGUGCAUAACACAGAAGAUGAGCUUUUUAAAAUGAUUCCCAGGAAAUGUGCCUCACACCCAUUUAAAAGGACAUUUUCAUAAACAUAUUGUGAAGUGCAUUCAAUUCCAUCUCCGCUCUGUCAAUGAAUUCAAAUUCACAUUGAUUUGAAUUGAAUUUGAAUGCAAUUCAGUUUAAAUUCAAAGAUAACACUAUAACAAAUUGAUUGAACACAUGAUGACUUACCAGUUUAAUAUAUCAUUCUCAUAAAAUAUUGUGAAGUAUGUACAGUUCCAUCUCCGUCCUGUCAAUGAAUUUAAAUUCACAUUGAUUUGAAUUGAGUGUGAAUGAAAUUCAGUUUAAAUUCCAGAUGUAACACUGUAACAGAUUGAACACCGGAUGACUUGCCUGCUUAAUAUUUAAUUCUCAUAAAAAAUAUUGUAAAGUAUGUCUAAUUCCAUCUCUGUCCAGUGAAUGAAUUCAAAUUCACAUUGAUUUGAAUUGAGUGCGAAUGCAUUUUAAGUUUAGAUUCCAGGGAACACUGGAACGGGUAUGGAACUAAACCAAACUAAAAAUCAGACCUUUUGACCAUCAAAACUACAUCUGUUUGUCUGCAUGACUCUUUCCCUGCUGUCCUUCACAUUCCCUGCCAUUUUUUUUUCUCAUUUUGUUUCUGCUCACAUUGAUUCUGGAAUGUAGUGUUGCUUUCCUGGAGCAUCAUCUCUUCAUCUCCACUUCUUUCCUCGCAUGUGUUUCCUUCGCUCACCCUGUCAUUCACUUCUCGUGAUGAGGCCAGUCACCCAUUUCACCAUUUUAACCAUCAUCCAUGACAGAGAGAGAAAGUAGGUGAUGUCAAAGACUAUCAAGACCACUGUUUUGAUGGUUACUCCAAGCUUCUUGUGGGUAGGUGCCUUCUGGUGCUUUUUAACCUCAAUGUAUGUUCAUGCGUUCAGUUCAGUGAAGCGUGUACGUACAUGUGUUUUGAUUGCCCGUCAGUCGGCCUGCAACAGAGAAUGUCAGAUUAAAAAGUGGCGUUAUGGGUAUAGCUAGUUUGUUAAAGGGUGUAAGAGUCAUUUUUGAACAAUUUUUUUGGGGGGGGGGGUUAAUGUUGAUGAAAUAUCACAGAAUAGUAAAAACAGAAUGUCCUUUUUCAUGCACAUAUUAUGUCUAUAUAUAGAGUAUAUUGAUGAGUAUAUUGAUGUCAAGGUUUACAAAGGCUGAGUGGAUGAAUGAAUGACAUAAUGAUCUAACAUGUCGACUUAAUAACUUUUUUUUUUCUGGUCCAAAAGUGUAUUAUUUAAUUUGUAUGAAUGUAAAAACUGUCAAAAGUCAAACACUGUCUAUUUUAUUGAUUAUCGAGGUCUGAACUUUGCAUGCCGUGUGAUGCCGUAGUAAUGGACCAACCACUGCGCUUUAUCAAGCAUUUGAGUCAUAUUCUCAUUUAUAUAAACCACUUUUAUAACUGGUUCAAAUUUUCAGUCCAGUCCAAGUGAUUCACAUCUACGAUACCAAGUACUAAUCAAUGCUGGCAAAUCUGAAACAAAACAAGAAUGUGCUUAUACAUAGAUUCUCAAGUUAUGAUUUUUAAGUAGCCUAGAUUAAUAUAAUAGGAUUAAACUAAUUCAUUUCAUGUUUUUUUACGGUUAUUUUUAUUUUGCAUUCUACUGUACAUCCCGUUUUUGUUCACUUUUACAGUUCUUUCUGGCUUCCUGAAUGUAACAAAAAAGAAAAAAGCCACUAUUGUGCACUAAACAAAAAUUGCAUAGCGUAAAUUGGAUAGCCGUGAAUGACAAACUACCAUAGCUAAAAGAAGGUGGUUCUAGAACAAAUGUCCCUUCGCAAAUGUGUUUUCUUCUUGUUUCUGACAAACUGUUGUUUUAAAUCAGAACUAUUUUUUUGUAAUGUAGGAAUAAUUUGAUCACUGAACGCUGUCUGCCUCAGGGGUGCGUUCAGGCACUGGCAAACACUGUAUUCUGUCUGUCUAAAAAGGCUAUAUGAAAUAGGUAUUUUGUAUAUCUUGUGAAAAAAAUGUCUUUUUGCUACUUUUGUAUCUAGAGGAUGAAGAGAACUACUUACAGUUACAGAGUAAGAAUGUUACUGUUCAGUUUUAAAACAACCAAAUGUAAGGUCAUGGGAGAAGUCAACUUCAGUAAAGAUGAAAGUUAAAAAAAAUAGCUUUAAGGGUCUGUUUUUUUGUUUUGUUUGAUGAUUUUAAAUAUGUUUGAGGUAGUUUUUAAGAUGACAUGCAUGGUCAUUGCUCACACUGACUGUAGGAAAUACACUCACUGUUUUUAAAGCAGGUGUGACCAAAUAUUUGAAUAGAUGUCUACUGCUAUAACCGAAGGCUUUAUUGCCUGUAGUGGGGCUUCAUCUGUGCCAGCCUAUUCAGAUUAACUAAAUAUCUAAAGCUUUUUUUUUUUGUUUUAUCUGCACAAAGUGUGAUGUUGCUCAUAAAUUUAUUAUAUAUACAGUAUAUAUGUAUACUACUGUACACUUUACAGCAUAUACGUAUGUAGUAAUAUUCAUGUACAGUUUGGGCUCCUUUUGUACAAAGUUUUUAAAAGGUUGAUAUCUGUAGAUAUGUGAAUUUUUGCCUUUUUUUUUUCUGUAGCUAUUAACAGCAAGAAAAAGUAAACAUGCUUGUAAUAAAGAAAGAGAUUUAAAUGUUUGAAA